CCCUCUGCGCACGGCCCCCCAGAGGCCACGCCUCUCCCCGCCUAGGCCACGCCCACGUCCCGGCGGGCUGUGCGGCGGGAAGAUGGCGGCAGCCAUGGCAGCAGCCAUGGCAGCAGGAGCGGGGCGGCUGGGCCUGCGGGGCUCCUGGCGGGCCGCGGGGUCCGUGCUGCGUCCCGCUGGAGCAGCCCCGGCCUGCCUGGUCGUCCCUGUGAGAACAAGAACGAAGAAGAAGUUUUAUGUCCCCGAAUGGGCCAGAGAACUGUCCCCUGAAGAGAAGGAGAGGAGGAUCAACUCCAUGUGGGGAGUGUUACCCGAGGAGCGGAUAGAACGGACCUUCUACUUGGCCAGCACAAGUGAAAUCAUGGACCCGUACGUCCCUCCUGAGGGAGACGCCCGCUUGUCUUCCUUAUCCAAAGACGGGCUGAAGCAAAAGAUGGAGAAGCUGAAGCAGAGUGCCACCUCCCAGCUGGCUCUGCGGAAGAUAAAAGAUCACGAUCCGGAUUUCAGCACCAAAACCUUCCCAGAGAAGGCACAGGAGAUAUUUAUCGAAGCUCACAACUCCCUGGCAAAUUUUAACAAGCAGAAGCUUCACUCCCUGGUGACGGAGCGCUGCUACCCGGAGAUGGUCCGUGGGAACAGGUACAGGACCAUCCGCUGGAGUUUCGUGGAGUCGCUGGAGCCCCCGCGGGUGGUUCACAUUCGGUGCGACAGCCUCAUGAACCGUGGCAACCUGUACGGGCAGGUGACGGUGCGGAUGCACACGCGGCAGACUCUGGCCAUCUACGACCGCUUCGGCCGGCUGAUGUACGGCGGGGAGCAGAUGCCCAAGGAUGUUUUGGAGUACGUCGUGUUCGAGAGGUACCUGGUGAACCCCUACGGCACGUGGAGGAUGCACGGCAAGAUCGUUCCGGAGUGGGCUCCACCCAAGAGCCCCAUUGUGAAGACGGUGAUGAUUCCUGGUCCAACCUUGGAUCCCUCACAAGAGUAUGAAGAGGUGAAGUAAGAAGUUUUGGAGCCUGUUCGGGGACAGCAGCGCCAACAGCCCUGGAGGGAAGAGGCGGAGGAUGGCAGCAGAGGGAGCGGGUUGGAUUCAGCAAACAAAGCAGCUCCUAAAAUGACUCCAGUCACUAGAAUUUGCUUUAAAGGAGUGAGAGGGGCCUGGGAGGGAAAUUUGGAUGAGCUCUGAGAAGAGAUUUACUUGGACAGAGUAGAUUUGGUGCGCUGCUUCUGCACCCUCGCUGUGUUUCUGUGGAAAUGAGGCGUCUGUUGUGCUCAGCGCCGCUCUCCCCACCACCCUCCCUGCUGCACUGGGCAGCAGAACUCUGUCCAGACAUGGGAGCUGUCACAGACCUGGUGGAUUUUCAUUAAAAACUGCAGCAGCA